UGCAAGCUCUGCGCUGCGGGAAAAUUCGCCAGCGAGACCACGGCCACGACGUGCGAAUUGUGCCCGUACAAUACCUAUUCCAACGCGCCCGCCGCGGAGGUCUGCACGGGUUGCCCGGCCGGCAGGAUCUCUGGACUCGGGCAGCGAUUCUGCUCGAACUGCCUCCCCGGCGAACGCGAAAACGGCACGUUCAGUCCACUGGGGUUGUUUUGCGAGGUCUGUCAGCCUGGCUAUUUUACGGCCGAUUCGAUCGAAUGUCGCCCCUGCCCCGCGGGCGAAUUCUCGGACAAGCCCUUCAGCACGGCCUGCGAGGCGUGCGCGCCGGGCCGUCGACAGCCCGCGGCCGGGCAAAAGCAGUGCGAGCGCUGCCCGGCGUCGACGUAU